UGUAGCUUGACGCUGGUAACGUCAUUCAGCGAUUUUGUUUACAUUUUCCAGGAGGUAUUUUAUUUACAUCAGACCGCUGAUUAUUUGUUUUGUGCUCUACAAGUCUAUAAUUUAUAUUUGCAAUGGAAAAUCCUUCGCAAGGGGAUAGAGAAAAAUCGGAAAAAGCAAAAAUUGCUAACCAAUCCAAACAUAUUCCGAAGGAUGCGCAGGUUAUUAUGUCCAUUUUGAAAGAGCUUGGCGUUUCGGAUUAUGAGCCACGAGUAAUCAAUCAGCUUUUGGAGUUUACUUAUAGAUAUGUUACUUGUAUAUUGGAUGAUGCAAAAGUGUUUGCGAACCAUGCACGAAAAAAAGUAAUUGAACUAGAUGAUGUUAAACUAGCAUCGCAAAUGAUACUAGAUAAAGCUUUUACUAGUCCUCCACCACGGGAUGUUUUGCUGGAGAUUGCCCGCAACCGAAACAACACCCCUCUGCCGUUGAUCAAAACCCAUUGCGGUUUACGGUUGCCUCCAGACCGUUAUUGUUUGUCUGCAUGCAAUUACAAACUACGUGCCGCGCAGCAAGCGAAGAAAAUGACAAAAUCUGCUAUAGAAGCUCGCUCGACUAUAAAAUCAGCUGCCGGAAAAGGAGCCUCUAGCUCGGCAGGCGUGAAACGGCCCGCCGUUCAAUCCACUCCAAAAACGCAGGUGGUAGCCAUCCCGAAGCCGGUGUUUAAAUUUACCACAACGGCAAAAACGGCCACCACAAAGACGGUGAAAAGUACCACGGCAGGGGGUGAUGUUCCUAGUACUAUCGAAAUAAAAACAGAAAUUGAGGAUCCGCUAUCAUUCGGAGCUAGUGACACUGAUAUUGGGAGCAUCAAACGUAAACGUGAGGAAGAUGACUUUGAAUUGGUACCAUGAAUAAAAGAAUUAAAAUAUUUACUCACAUCAAUCAA